UUGACAAUUCCGUUGUUUAUCCUUUUAUAAAUUAAAUAAUUAAUAAGUUUACUAUCAUAUAAAUUACUAUACUUAUCAGUAUUCAUUUUUGCUAAAGUUAGUAACUUAACCACUUUGGUAGCACUUAUCGUCUGGAUACGACAGGGAAAAAAAAAAGUGAGGCAGUCACAAGCACAGGAAAGAAUUAUAAAUUUAGUUAUAUCCGAAGAGACCAUUAAUUGAGAGUUGAGAGUUACUGUGACUAUUAAUUGUCUUUAUAUUAGAUUGAUAGAUUAAGAAGUCGAUUUCACCUCAGUAAAUUAUACCAAAUGGCCACUUCAGCUUAUGCUCAAUCCAGUUCAUGGACUUCAUUUCUUAAAUCCAUCGUUUCAUUCAACGGAGACUUAUCAUCCUUAACUGCUCCAGUAUUUAUCUUAUCUCCAACUUCUUUAUCAGAAUAUUCUCAAUAUUGGUCUGAACAUCCAGAACUUUUAGUUGCAGCUAAUCAAUUGAAACCUGAUGAAAAUGCUACUAAAGAUGAAGUUGAUGUAUUGGCAUUAAAGAGACAAAUUGCUGUUACAAAAUGGUUUAUAGCAACAUUAAGAUCACAAUAUUGUUCAAGAAAUGAAAGUAUGGGAGCUGAAAAGAAACCAUUAAAUCCAUUUUUAGGAGAAGUAUUUGUUGGUAAGUGGGAAACUGACGAUGAAAAAUUAGGAGAAACUAUACUAUUAAGUGAACAAGUUAGUCAUCAUCCACCAGUUACUGCUUAUGCCAUUGCUAAUAAAACAAAUAAUGUUUAUUUACAAGGUUAUAAUGAAAUUAGAUCAACUAUUUCUACCACAUCCAUUAAUGUCAAACAAUAUGGUCAUGCUUUAUUAGAGUAUAGAGAUGUUGGAGAAUCAUAUUUAAUUACUUUACCUCCAUUACAUAUUGAAGGAUUACUCGCUGCUUCUCCAUUUGUUGAAUUAGAGGGUACUUCUUAUAUUCAAUCAUCCAAUGGAUAUAUUACAGUUAUUGAAUACAGUGGUAGAGGUUAUUUUAGUGGUAAAAAGAAUACUUUUAAAGCUAGAAUUUAUAAAGAUCAAAUUUCCACUAUUAACAAGCAAAAUGCAUUAAUUACUAUUAGUGGUCAAUGGUCUGAUAAAUCAUAUAUUUCAAAGGGUUCAAGUACCCCACAUUCUAAGAAUGGAGAUGAAUUAUUUUAUGAUGCAUUGGCAUCAGAACCACUUCAUCUUAGUGUGAAGCCAAUUGAAGAACAACAUGAAUUAGAACUGAGAAAGGCUUGGUUAAAAGUUAGUGAAGCUAUUAAAAGUAGUGAUUAUGACUUAAUUCAUCAAGAAAAAUCAUUGAUUGAAAACAAUCAAAGAGAAUUAAGAAAGAAAGAGAAAGAUGCAGGUAUAAAAUGGGAAACUAGAUGGUUUGAUUUAAAGGAUUAUGAAGAUUGGAUUAAUGAAGGUGAUAAUGAAUCAAAUCCUGAUAUUUUCUUAAGUUUAGCCAGUUUAUCUAAUUUAUCAAUCCAUAAUGCUCCAUCUGGUUCAUUAAAGAACUCUAAAUAUGAUGAAGGUGAAGCAAAGCAUUGGAGAUUUAAUUUAAAGAAAUGGGAGGAAGAGUCCGAGAUAAAGAUAUAGACUUAUUCCGUAUACGGAAAUCUAAAUAUUAGAUCAAUGUAUCUAUGUAUAUAUUUAUUUAUAUCUAUUUUUAAAUAUGGUAGGUCACUAACUGUUGUCUUUUCGUUUAAUAUAAUAUAACAUGAGUUUUAAAAUUAAUCUAUUAACUAUAAUAUAAUGUAUAAUCUAAUCAUAAUCAUAAUCAUAUAAUCUAAUCAAUCAGUAAAACUACUAA